CAAUAAUGACCAUUAAUUAAGACAAUAAUUAUAGUCUAUAUAUCUGCUUUACAACAGAAUUGUCUACUUUCAAUUUACUUAUACUAUACAGGGGUCAAAUUCAAACAUUGGUCAUAUGCGUUUUACAUGAUGAAUCAGUCAACAGUUUCUGAAAUGGAAAGAGAUAUUUAUACUGAGCAUGUUCCUGAGAUGGAUGAUUCAAUAUCGGGAACACGACAAACACGGAACGUUCUGAUUGGAUGUACUGGAAGUGUGGCAUCUGUCAAAGUUCCAAUACUGGUGCAAGAGUUGAUGAAUAUAGAUGACCAGUUGGAAAUCAAGGUAGUGACCACUGAAAAUGCCCUUCAUUUCUUUGACCACACUUGUCUCCAGGUUCCAGUUCUCCGGGAUGCUGAUGAGUGGCAGGCCUGGAAGACAAUGAGGGACCCUAUAUUACACAUAGAGUUAAGACGUUGGGCUGAUCUGAUGGUGAUAGCACCGUUAGAUGCAAACACAUUAGCCAAGAUUGCAGGAGGAAUCUGUGACAAUUUAUUGACAUGUACUGUUAGAGCCUGGGACUUGCAGCGCCCACUUUUGUUUGCGCCAGCCAUGAAUACACACAUGUGGAACCACCCACUAAGUGCCAAGCAUACUUCUGAGCUGAGAAACUUUGGCUAUAAAGAGAUACCUUGUAUUAAAAAGACUCUUGCAUGUGGAGACACAGGAUAUGGGGCAAUGGCAGAGGUGUCAACAAUUGUAUCACAAGUGAUUGAGACAUUGAAUUCCAAAUCGUCUGUGACAUGAUUUAUCACAUGAUCAACUGACCACACACACAGUGCUAAGACAGGUUUUUUGUCUGUUGGAAAUAAUUCAACUCGCUCAAUGUGGAAUUGUAGCAACUUAAUUAACAUUAGGAAUUUUUGCUGACCAAAAUAACUAUUGUUCUAAUAAUUUUUGUGUAUUUUGUAUGCAGUCAAUGGAAUGUGUCCACUUCAUACAGUGUUUAUAUAACAAUUACUGUGGAUGCACUAAGUCAUUGUUGUGCUAAUUUGCCAAGAAGUGAUAAUUUUAUUACAUCAUGUACAUCGUAAGUUAUAUAGACAGUAUAUUUAUCUACACAACUAGUGUGGAAUAUGUUAAAAUGUCUACUUUGAAUGUAUGAAACUGGUCAUUGUUAGUAAUCUGUCUUUGCAUGUAAAAGGGUAUUAUUUACAAUAUUUAUUUUUGGAGUACAGGAUCAGGGCCAAUCAAUGCCAACUGCAGUGUUGAAAAAUACAUUUGUAAUUUUAAACAUUUCCAUUUAACAAACUACUUUAAUAUGUUUUGGCUGUUUUUGAUUUUCAGGGAUUUUUUUUUUAUUUUUAUUUUUUUUGUAAUGUCAUUGAACUUUAU